AGUGCAACAUCUCACAGCUGCUAAGUAUCUUACCACCGCUGUAUAAAAGGAUAGAGUUAUUUUCACAGAAAAGGGCAGGAGCUGUACACUACUGGAAUGAUUGCUCUUUAUACAGCUGCAGACUACACCUGAGCAAAACUUCUACAACCAUUAGACGGAACCAUGGCUUACGAUUCUCUGCACUGGACGAACACAACUAUAGGAACGACAAAGCUGCAGUUGGUAACGGGGCCCAAAUUCAACCUAACUGUUGCUGCAAUUGAGAGGAUGAUUUAUAUUGUUAUCUACAGCACUGUAUUCACAGCUGGACUAAUUGAGAAUAGCAUCUCUGUAUGGGUCUUCUGCAGUCGCAUGAAGACAAAAACUAUAACCAGCAUUUAUAUGUUAAAUCUUGCAAUUGCUGAUCUCUGCCUCAUUCUGACCUUGCCAUUACGUAUUACGUAUCAUAUACUUCAAAGUCACUGGCCCUUUGGUGAGACGGCCUGCAGAAUCACUGGCUUUCUUUUUCACCUUGACUUGUACAGCAGUGUCUAUUUUCUUACCUGCAUCAGUAUCGAUCGUUACCUUGCAAUAGUGCAUCCAGUUCGAUCACUCAGCUUUCGAAAAGUCCGUUAUGCAAAAAUAAUCAGUGCAACAGUGUGGGUUACUGCUAUACUUGGAACUUUUCAACUCGCAGUGACCACUCAGUCUGUACAGGCACAAGAGAACACUACUGUGUGUCUGCAAUUAUACAGAGAAAAGCCAUCUCUCUAUGCCUCUGGAGCUCUGAUAGUUGGGUUUCUUUUUCCAUUUCUAGUCAUUAUCUGUUGCUACCUAUGCAUAAUCAAACAUCUUCAGUCAUACAGGAGACUCGACCAUAAGCACAAAGCCUCCAGAAUGAUUUUCACAGUAUUAACAGUCUUUCUGGUUUGUUUCUUACCAUAUCACGUUGCCCGCUUACUGUACAUUAUUAUGGCGAAUCAGCAAUUGGGGGCUACGCCCAAACUUCAGAGUCUUGCCAUCAUUAACCGUGCUUUUUUUUGUUUAGCCAGCAUUAACUGUUGCUUGGAUCCAGUGGUUUACUUUUUUGUAGGGGAGAAUUUUAGGGAGUCUCUUUGCAGAGAGGAAGAGUGGAAGACUACAACUGAAUAUAUUAGCAGAGAAACUCGCCCCACUGUUAUCACCACUGCAAUAGAUGGUACAUAAAUACAGUAUUUAAUCAAAAAUUCGGAGACUAGCUUUAUUUUUUGGAAAGGCUGUCUUUUGUGGCCUCACCUAAAAUGAUACUGCUCUCCAUUUACAGCAGUAGGCUUGGGAAAGCAACUACUUAAAAAAAAACAAAUCGUUAAACAGUAUACCCACGUGCUAAAUUUAAAUCACCGCAAGCUACUAGUAACCGUUGUCUCAGACAAAUGAUUUCAUUUUCUCAGAUUCCAUCCAGUCCACUUCCCAAACAAAAGAUUUGGCAAAUAAACCAGCUCCUCAACCUUCCUCACUGUGAAGGAAGAACCUAAUUUUUUGAGGCUUUCAUCGACGUACACUCAAAAUUCUGAGUGAGCAGCCACAUUUAAUAGCGAGGUAAACAUUAGCUAACUCAAAAUUAAUCUUGGACUAACGCAAGCCAGAUUUUCCAAAACUUAUUUUUUUGUUGUAAUAUAUUGUGUGAUAAAGUCUGCUAAUAUUUUUAGUACAUUCUAUAUUUGUAAUGGAGAUUUGAGACUGACUUGCAGAAUGGAGUGAGCAGGAAUUAGCAAGUUUGCAGAAAAUAGUCAGAAUAACAAAAAUAAGUAAAUGGGAAAAAGAACACCAAAUGUAACCUGAAAACUUAUUACUCAGGGUAACAUAGAAAAUCUGGUCAUAUGCUAGGUCAAUUUUAAACUCAAUCACACUUGAAAAAUCUAAAAAUCGUUCUUCUUUCAAUG